UAAAAUUCCAAGCAGGAUAGAGAGUCGCUGGAAAUAGGGAAAGAGUGAGGGAAAUCAAUCAAGAAGAGAAGGAAGCAGAUAUUGAGAGAGACAUGGGAGGAGGCGGAGAUGGUCACAGCACCACGUACAAAGGUUUCACAGUCCAUCACCCCAAGCGAUGGCAUGUCGUCACUGGCAAAGGCAUGUGUGCAAUGAUGUGGUUUUGGAUUAUGUACAGGGCUAAGCAAGAUGGAGCUGCCCUUUUGGGUUUGCGCCACCCAUGGGAGGGCCAUGAAGAUCAUACUGAUGGUGGGCAUGAACAUUAGGUGGAAUUUGUUCUUAUAUGUGUCCAUCUUGCAGGCUUCUUACUAAAGAAUUUCGAAGAGCUGGGAACUGUUAUUGAUUUGUGCAUGACUAUGCAUUUCACCAAACCUUAAAUCUGCUCUAGUCCUAAUAAUCUUUUGCUAUGAUAUGAGGUUAUACUUUUGUUGGUUUCUCUAGCUAGAGCAAUACUCUUCUUCUCUAGUUAGAGCAAUAGUUUUCCUCGGUCAGCAGGAUUUGCUGCUGUGUUAUAAUUUGCUGAAGUGCAGCAAGAUUGUUUUUUGUCAGAGAAUAUCUGGAAAAUUACUCAAUCCAUGUGUUUUAUUAUAAUGUGAUCAGCUGGUGAACUUGAAGA